GGCGAGACGCCAGUCCAUCGCAAGGUAACUAAGGGGCAAUUUAGAGAGGCCAAUCCACCCAGCCAUCAUGUCUGGACUCUGGGAGGAAACCGGAGUACCUAGAGGAAAUCUACGCGAACACGAGGAGAACGUGCAAACUCCACGCAGACAGACCCCUGAGGCCGGAAUCGUGCCGGACCCUGGAGCUGAGACAGCAGCGCUAACCACCGUCUCGCCGCACAACAAAGGUCCUAGUAAAUAUUCAGAUACAGAAUAAUAAUGUGCUAGUACUUCAUAUCGGUAUGCAGAAUGUGCUGUAUUUUAUUUUUUAAAACAAAGUAAUCAAGUUCUUAAGAUGAAUACAAACAAGUUGUAGCCUUUAGGUGAGGUGGACAGUUUCUCUCUACCAUUGUCAUUGACUGUAUUAUACUACUGUAUUUGCAUAUGGGAAAUAGGGGCGGCUGGAUUUGAAAGAUUUACAUGCAAUGCAGGGGGCUCAGAUCACAUGUGCUCCCGCCGCCUGUGAUCCGAUUUAAUUACUGGAAUCCAAACUGAAUGAAGCUUUUCAGUUCCGAGAAACUUUACAGCGUCACCCAACACACAGACAGCAGCAGCAGUAGCAACAACAACACUUAUGCGCUGGGAGAGGAAUUCGUCAGGGACAUACAAACACAACACUGAGCCUUUACUGUAACACUGCACACUUCAGUGCAGACAACUCGAUCAAUGCUUUGUAUUUUUUACUAUACAACUAUACUUCAAUUUUUACUGCAGUAGGCUUACCUUUAAAUUAUGAGAAUUAAAUAAUGGAUUGAAUGUUAUUUUAAACUGGGGUUGAAUGAACAUGUGUGAAUGUUCUGCUGCAUGUUAAGUAUUUUGGCUAAGGUUGGUACCAGGGACUUUUCCUCAAUAUUGUCCCUUACUGACUCCGCUUACCCUGCCUGAUCUCAGUAAACAAAAGCCCCGAGUGAAGUAGCUCCCUUUCUCACGGGGUGUUUGUGAGGAGGACUUGCCAGUGCAGCAGGAUGCCAGGUGCUGUCGGAGGAAUGCUUCCAGAGCGUAAUGGAUUUUUGGGAGGAAAAUCUCAUAUUUUUCCAGGAGAAAGUAGUCUCCCGUCCUUCCUCAGCUGUGUUUCCAAGGAAUACCUUCGUAAUUUUCAACACAACAAACGAGUUGGAAAUUACCUUAUUGGAAGGAAACUGGGAGAGGGCUCCUUUGCAAAAGUUAGAGAGGGAUUACAUGUCACGACGGGCGAAAAGGUUGCGAUAAAGGUUAUUGAUAAAAAGAAAGCCAAGAAGGAUUCUUAUGUGACGAAGAACCUGAGACGUGAGGGCCAGAUUCAACAAAUGAUCAGACACCCCAAUAUCACCCAGUUGCUGGACAUACUGGAAACAGAAAACAGCUAUUACCUGGUCAUGGAGCUGUGCCCUGGAGGCAAUUUAAUGCACAAGAUCUGUGAGAAGAAGAGACUGGAAGAAUAUGAAGCGCAGAAGUACAUUAGACAACUGGUCAUGGCAGUGGAGCACCUUCAUAGAGCCGGGGUCGUUCACAGAGACCUGAAGAUAGAAAAUCUUUUGCUGGACGAGGAGAACAAUAUAAAGCUUAUAGAUUUUGGCCUGAGCAAUUGCGCUGGGAUUUUGGGUUACUCUGAUCCUUUUAGCACUCAGUGUGGAAGUCCAGCUUACGCUGCCCCAGAGCUCCUGUCCAGAAAGAAAUACGGCCCAAAAGUGGAUGUGUGGUCUAUAGGUGUGAACAUGUACGCAAUGCUGAUAGGAACUUUGCCAUUUACUGUGGAGCCUUUCAGUCUGAGAGCCCUGCACCAGAAGAUGGUGGACAAAGAAAUGAACCCCCUCCCUGUCCACCUUUCUCCAGCUGCAGUCAACAUGCUGAGAAAUCUACUUGAACCUGAUCCAACAAAGCGCCCAAACAUUCAGCAAGCUCUAGCUGAGCAGUGGCUUAAUGAAAAUUACCAAGGAAAACCUUUAUAUCGGACGCCUUAUCCAAACAGGAUACACAUGAAGGAGCUGAACCAGAGUGUGUUGCUGCACAUGACUGAGAAACUGGGAUACAAACACAGUGAAGUAGUCAACGCAGUGAUAUCCAACAGAGCCUGCCACACACUCACUGUCUACUUUCUGUUAAACAAGAAGCUGGAGAGAUACUUAAGAGAACUUAAAGAAAGAAAAUUCAAGGAGCAAGAGAGAAUAAUUGAACUACAGCAGACACCUUGGAAUAAAAAAAUAGAGAAAAUCCCUGUUGUGCCUAAACAGCACCCAUGUACUCUGGCUCAAAGCACAAAGGCCUUGCUGAUAGACAAAAAACCCCAACGAGCAAUUCAGCAAGAGAGAGCACUUCUGCGUGGUAUUUUAUGUGCUGACGAAGCCAGUGAAGGUGGAUGUGUCACUUCAUGUUCCUUGGAAUACCUGGAGAUGCAGCCUACUUUUCCCAGAACACCACAACCCAUUAGAAGACAAGAAUAUCUCCAGCAGGACAACUUCAGUUUGGGAAGGGAAGACAAGAACCCCCGGUUGGGAAUAGGUUCAGAUCAUUCCACUGAUUCUGUGGAUAGAGAACCAGAACAUACUGAAUCAACACCCUGGUACAAAUUUGCCAGCUCUGCAUUCUCCCACAGGUUUUCAAAUGAAAAACAGUCUCCUGCCUCACAGCUAGAACACACAAGUUCAAAUAAGCCUGUGGUCUACAGCACACAUGUGACCUUAACAGACGAGGACAAGAAGAGCCCAUUGAAACCAGACAGGGUCUCUUCAGAUUUGAAUGUGUCUUACAACAAAGGGACUGGUGAUUCAGGAUGCCCAGGCUGUGUUAAAAACCGAGGGAGGUUCCCAAUGAUGGGUAUAGGACAGAUGCUGAGGAAAAGGAAUCAAAAUGUUCAAUUUAAGACUGAGAAGCCUGUGGAAAUGAACAUGCCUGCCACAGCGCAGUCCUAUCAGGUGCAGAACAUGUUCUGUGCAACAGGGGCUCUGAAGAGUUUAUGCUGACCAAAGCUUUACACAAAGUGGUUAAUGGUUAAAUUAAAAACCAAAGACACAAUAAAAUGGAUAAACUUCAAACUACAGGUGUUAUAUUGUAGUUACCUUUUUGUAAAAAUGAAGACUACAGGACACCAACAAUGUACUCCUCUGGGGACAUAUUUUAAUUGCACCAUCAUAUUUUAUGUUCUGUCACAAAAAAAAUGUCAGUUGUUUGUGCAUUUCAGGUUAACCCUUUGUGUGUAAAACCUGGGGUUAUCUAAAGAUAAAGAAACGAGUGGAGAACCACACACAUCAAAUGUUUAAUGUAUGGAAAAUAUUGGGCUGUACUUUGCACUUGUAUAGUGAAGAGGCUUGAAAUACCAAAUAGCCUAGGUGAUCCCAACUGAAAUGAGAGUUUAGUCUCCACAUCGCAGAACCACAACACAAUUCAGCACAAUUGGUACUGUUCUUGAGAGGUCUAGGACUGAAUAAUGGGGUGUUCAGGAGGGAAAAGAAAGCCUAGGGAUGCUAUUAUAAAAUGCAAGCAUUAUACAAGUACAAUGCAAAAAUAGCCAAACAGUGCUAUUAGAGUCAUAUUUGACCCUGUGUAGUUCAGUGUCCAGUGUUUUUUUUUUAAUUAACUUAAUUAGGUUUGUUUGUACAUUUUAGUGCUGUAAUGGCUAUUUGGUUUGUUGUUUUCUGUGUGUGUUUUCUGUUGGUAGGAUUUGCUUGUUUCUGUGUCUUGGCAUCAGAGUGCAGUUGUUCUGCAAGAACAGAAUGGAUUGUGCUCAGUUGAAGGAUGAAAGAAAACUGAAAGCACGCAAUAAUAAUAUAGUUACUACAGAAGACUGUGAUGAAGUAUAAGCAUUCACAUUUAAGUUAUUUCCGAGAUAACAAAACAUUCUUUCAUGUAAUAAAUGUUAAGAAAGUAUAAAUACAGUAGUACAGAGCUUUAUCUACUUAUAUUUUGAAGUGUAUCUAAAACAAACUCAUUGUAAAUACAGUAUUUUUUAUUACAUUUUGAACAGUUCAGGGAAAUAAAUGUGCAAUUAUUUGAUUACAAAGUUUAAAAUGCUUCUUAUAUGGAGCAACAGAAACUGUUUGACAUUUCAAAGCUUUUAACACCUUAUCCUGUAAGCUUUACAGCAAGUAAAAAUUAAAAAAAAACAAAAA